AUGGGGUUGCAGAUGAAGCAGAAGACUCGCAUGUACCUCAUAUUUGUUCUGAGCUUGGGCUAUACAGCGGUGGCCAUGGGUAUCGUCAAGGCCGUUGUCCAGAACACAAAGAGAGGCGACCCCGACCAGUCAUUCACGAACGACAUCCAAUUCUGGGGCUUCCUCCAAGUGAACGUCGGAAUCAUAGCCGCAUGCGCGCCAUCGCUCAAGCCCCUCGUCGGUGGCAUUCUUCGCCUCCCCUCGACACAGUAUUCCAACAGCCGAAGUAACUUCGCCUCGGGAUCGAACGGCCAGUCCAACAAAAGUAGAUUGCAAAGCAGGAUACGCGUUAGCACUCGAAUUGAGAGCAAAGGGUGGAUACGGACAGAUAGCGAUAUCGAGCUGGAUGAACGAGAGUCCUUUGGCAGCCAAGCGCAGAUAACGAGCAACAAGGAUGGAGUUCGUCAAUGA